GUAAGAAUCGCACCAAACAUUACCUGACAACAAAUCCCCUAAAAUGGAAAAUAAAACAAAAAUCUCCAAUCGAUUUGGUUUCACCAGCAUCAUCGUCACCAUUAAUUCAUCAUCGUCAUCUAUCCAUCUCCUGCAUUCCUCAGAACCCUAACUCUCCGAAUUCCCUAAACUAACCAUACUAAUAAAACCCGUAAAUCCCCUGUUUGCUUUCAUGGUAUAAAAAAAAGUUUAAGAAUCAUUUGAAAUCUACUUGUUUUUGUUUAUAUUAAAAUUAUUAUACUUUUUUGGGAGAGAGAGAGAGAGGUUACCGAAGAUGGCUUCAACGAGUCCAACGAACCGAUCCUCAUCGGAUGACAUCAUCGAUGUGACGCCGCUUCUCUCAUCAACAAGCAACGCGUCACGGGACGAGUCCAACCCGCGUCGAUCCGUUCGUCGCCAGAGCCUUCGUGAAGCGGCUCGGUUCCUGCGCCGAGCCAGCAGCCGAAGAAUGAUGCGUGAACCGUCCGUGCUGGUUCGAGAAACCGCCGCCGAGCAGCUCGAGGAGCGCCAGAGCGAUUGGGCGUAUUCGAAGCCCGUCGUGGUCCUCGACAUUAUCUGGAAUUUCGCGUUCGUCGUGGUAUCGGUUGGGGUUUUGCUCUCGAGCUGGGAAGAGAGGCCUGAUACGCCGUUGAGGCUGUGGAUAAUAGGGUACGCUUUCCAGUGCUUGUUGCAUAUGGUUUGCGUUUGUGUGGAGUACAGGCGGCGGAGGAGGCAGCAGAGCAUGGAGUACAGACCAUUUAAUGCCGGAGAGGAAGGGAUUCUCAGCCCGGGAUCAAGGGUGGAUUCGGAGCAGUACGUGACAUUGGCUCAGCUGGAAGAGGAUAGUGGAAGCGGUGUUGCAAAGCAUCUAGAAUCUACAAAUACAAUGUUGUCAUUCAUCUGGUGGAUCGUCGGAUUCUACUGGGUAUCUAUAGGUGGCCAAGCAUUAGCACGCACCUCGCCUCAACUUUAUUGGCUUUGUAUAAUUUUUCUCGGUUUUGAUGUCUUCUUUGUUGUUUUCUGCGUUGCACUGGCAUGCAUCAUUGGUAUUGCUGUCUGCUGCUGUCUUCCAUGUAUUAUUGCAAUCCUAUAUGCUGUGGCAGAUCAGGAGGGAGCUUCCAAGGAAGACAUCGAGCAGUUAUCAAAAUUCAAGUUCCGUAAAAUCGACAAUGAUGGGAAAUCUGCUGUUAAUGUCCAAGAACCUGUUGGGGGAAUAAUGACUGAAUGUGGAACCGAUUCCCCCAGGGAACAUGUGCUUUCCCCGGAUGAUGCAGAAUGUUGCAUUUGCCUUUCGGCUUACGAUGACGGAGUUGAGCUACGGGAACUUCCUUGCGGUCACCAUUUUCAUUGUGCCUGUGUAGAUAAGUGGCUACGCAUCAAUGCUACCUGUCCACUCUGCAAAUACAACAUUUUAAAGAGUAGUAGCCACGAGGAAGUGUAGUAAGAAGGGAAACAAAUAUUUAGGGUCACAUCUGCAACGUCUGAUUGCGAUUUUAGCUCGACAGAAUAUAUGCACAGCAUUCAAUAUUGGCCUUUGUGGUGGUCUUAUCAUAGUGCUGGUGAUAAUCAUGAUGUGCUUGUUUUAGCUCUGGCCUUCAUGGAGUUUUGUGUAUAUUCAAUGUUUUACAUUUUCCCGGGGCGUCUAUAUGCACUGACUGAGUUGAAGUACUCGUUUCUUUCUCCACUUUUAUUCCAUCAUUUGAUAAUAAUAUGUCAUGUCUACUCUUGUUUAA